UUUCCGUUAGCGGUGAAUCAACUACACUUGUGGCUGAUCUGAAUCGGAUUUUUUUUAUUUAUUUAUUGACAUUCUGAUCAGAAAAUCUUGUAAUUCAAGAUGGCUCUCUGAUGGUGAUGUCAUUCAGUUGCGGCCUCGAAGCUGCACCCGCAGAAUGUACAAUCGAUUAUGUGCCAAAAACAAAAGAAAAUUUUGCAUCAGUAAUUAAUCAUGGACAGCAAGGACUACGAUCACAUUAGGAAUAUGACUCUCAUGUUCUUUUUGGAUCGGUUAAUUGACAAGGGUCAACCCCGAACAUUACACGAUUUAUCAUGUCAAUUUGGGACGAAAGGAUUUACAAAAGAAAUGAGACAAAUUGCUGGGGGAAGUCAAUCUGGAUUACGUAAAUUUUUAUCUCAAUAUCCUUCUUUAUUUACUAUUCUUGAUGAUCAAGUAAGUGUUACUUGUUAUGCAACUGAAAGUGAUGUGACCUGUGGUAAAAACAAACGUGAUUAUGCUCAUGAAGCAGUUGAAUAUUUUAGAUCAAAGUUAGAGCAAUAUGGAAACGCUGAAGUGCCGAUCAAAAGUUUACUUGGGCAUAGAUCUCAGGCUACACCCGAAAUAAGGCAUAUAUCAGGCCAACACGGGAAAGAAUUUAAGGAAUUUUUAAUAAAAUACAAUGAUGUUUUUGUAGUUAAAGAUGAUUAUGUUGUUUUAAAAAGUGUUUUAGACAAUUUGAACAAUGAUACUUCUUUAUUAAUUACUAAAGUUCCAGAAGAGGAACAAUUAGACCCUCAAUUAACUAACCAAUUAACAAAUUUUUUUGAAAGUGUUUUGAAACAUAGAGGUCCAUUACCAGUUAGUCAACUAUUUGCACAUCUCACUGCAUGGUUUCCUAAAGACAUGUGGUCCAAGAUGGUAAAUAACCCACAAGACCUUUUGGCAUUCUUAAAAAUGAGUUCACAAGUUUUUCAUGUUCAGUCUAAUGUAGUUUCUGUUGUUGAGCGAAAAACUAACUCAUCUAUUGUUAUGGAGAGCCAUACUCAGUCAAGUACUGUAGUUUCUUCUGUUUGCUCUUCUCCAUCUAGUGGCAGCAAUCGCUAUCAGGACAAGCCUCAAUCUUUUCAACAGAGGUUGAAAAAUCAGAUUAUGAAGGCUGUCGCUGAUAACUCUGUACUUGAUUAUAAAGAUCGUAUGAUAUAUAAUUCUUCAGCAAACAAAGAACAAGUUGACAAUAUCAUCACUAAAAUGAUGAAACGAGUUAAAAUAGUAACCAAAACUAAAGAAUGUAAUGCUAUUGUUAAAUAUAUUUUGUCACAAAAAGAAAAAAUAUUUUCUUUUGAUGGUGAAGGAGUAAAUCUAGGACCUUCAGGUCCUAUAACUCUCUUACAGUUUGCUACUUUAGAAGAAAAUAUAUUUUUAUUUGAUCUUCUUUCUUGUCCUCAGUUGAUUGAGGAUGGUGGUUUGAAAGAUCUUCUAGAAUCUGAUGAUGUAUUGAAGGUGGCACAUGAUUGUAGAAAUGACAGUGGUGCUCUAUAUCAUCAAUUUGGAGUAGUAUUGACUAACGUUUUUGAUACACAGGCUGCACAUGCUGUUUUGCAACAACAGGAUGCAGGCAAGCCUGUAUACAAGGUCAAAAAUAUUUCAUUAAAUACUUUAUGUAGUACUUAUGGUGGACCAGUUAAUCCACGUAAAGAUCAAAUGAAAAGUCUGUAUCGUAGGGAUCAAAAAUUUUGGAGCCGCCGCCCUUUAACCGAUGAUAUGAUUUUUCAUGCUGCAUUUGACGUAUUUUGUCUUCUUCCCACAGUCUAUUUCAAUAUUAAAAGUUUGUUGAGAUCCGAUUCACUUCCUAUGCUAGAAGAUCUUUGUUAUGAACAAAUUAUGACUUACAUUCGUCCAGAUGAAGUUAAAUCUUCUAAAAAACAGAGAAAAAUUGAUAUGGAAGUUUUAGAUCUGAAACAGAAGCUGAAUUCUGCUCAUACAAAACAAGUUGUUCUGAGCAAUCGUGAAAUACGGUUACUUAGGUAUCUAGAACUCAGUCCUCAGGAUCGUGCCAAAAUUGAAGGUACACCAAAAGUUGCUAAGAAGUUAGAAAGAUUACGAAGCAGAGGUACAAGCAACGAUUCUGGAUCUAUUCAUUCUGGCUCCAAUAAUGAUGAUAAUUUUUCCGAAGAUAGUAGUGUGGACAGUAAUAAAGGAGAUUAUGAAUCAAAUUAUAGCUCCUCACCAUCGCACUCACUUUCAAACUAUCGGGUUGCAACUCCUGAACUAUUGCUGAAUGGUAGCUCAGAACUGUUUAAUAGCUGGUCUCCUGAUGAAAGUAGUUGUAGCCAUGAUUGUGCUUGUGACUGUCAUAAAAAGCUCACUGUAUCUCCCCAGAAAGCACUGAGUGCUCAACUUAGUAAUUCAGCUUCUCAAACUUUGUCAACCGGUGACAUUGUUAUCACCAAAGUUUUCUUUUCAGAAAAUGAAAAAAUCAAUGGAAGUAAAGCUUAAUUUUUUUUCUAUGAUUGAUAUGCUGAAAGAUAAAUGUUGCUAUGCAAAGCAUUCCAAAAUUUGAUUGUAAGUUCUCUGAUUUUUUUCAGUGCUUGAAAAGUUCUUUUGUCAUUUAAAAUGCCUUAAAAAGAUCUUCUUGCAAUGUAAAAGAAAAAAAAAAAUUUUAAUUGCAACAUUUAAAUUUCAGUUUAUCUUAUUUUAACUUUUAUUGACACUUUAUGUCACAAUUUAUUGUAAUAAUAGUUUUACUUAAUAUCAGAAAUCCCAUUUUAAGUUAAUAACAUUUAAUAAAGCAUAAAAUCAAUUUUCUUUGGCUAAAUGGGUGUAUUGAAAUAAAUGUUUACAGUUUUUAUGUUACGAAAUCCAAAAUUAUUUUACAUGAAAACUGUGUUAACCUUUACUAGCAUCUUAUGAUUUACAAUCUUGUUGAUAAUGAUGAAUUAAAAUUGUGAUUGAACAUUAAUGUCAAUUUCAUAUUAUUAUAUAAUUUCUUAUCAUAUAGGAUUGAUCACUCUUUGUUGUGAUGCAAAUCAUAUUUUGACAAGUUUUUAUUCAUUUUCCUUAAUCCAUUGGCGGUUAAGUGAAAGAGCAAAUUUAGGAGAAUAUUUCUCCCCUAUCUACUAUUUCUUUAUCGAAGUACAUGGAAAAACUGGUUUUGCUCUGCUAGAAGACUGCAGGUUAAAAUUCGGCUUUUUACGUGCAGAACCAUCAGUGGGUUAAGUUUGUUUAACCUUGAAAUACUAAGAUAAGUUAUGGAUCACUUCAUAUUUAUCAAAUAUAUUUUAGUAUAUUUGUUAUAAAUUUGUAUUAAAAUCAUAUUAAGAUAUUAAUGAUUUCAUGAUAUAAAAAUGAUAUAUCAUUGAUGAUAAUUAUUCUUCAAAAGUGAUUAAAUUAAAAAUAUAAUUACUUUGAUUUUGUGAAAAGUAUGGGCUAUUUUAUUUAUUCAUAAUUUUUUUGGACAUUUUAAUUUAUAUUUUCUUUUUUGUUUUUUUCCCUCAAAUUUAAUUUAAAACAGUGAAAACUUUCCAGUAAUUUAGCUAUUUAAAUAGAAUGAGUCUUGCUUUUUUUCCCCAUCAUAUAUUAAAAUAAAGAAGAGGCUAUCAUUUCCUAGUGAUAGAAAGCUUCAUCCGACAAUUUAAAUAAAAAUAAUUUUUUUUUAAAUAAUAAUUUUUUUUAAGACUUUUGAUUUUAUAUUUUUUAUUUUUUUUCCUUCUAAAAUUCAAUUCAAAAGAAUGAAACCUAGAAUUUUUUUUCCCCACUACCUUAGCUAUUUAAAUAGAAUGAAUCUUGCUUUUUUUCCAUCAUAUAUAUGUAUUUUAAAAUGAAUAAGAGGCUGUCAUUUCAUUAUUUCCUAGGAAUAAAAACCUUUAUCAGAACACUUCAUGAAGUGUUCCAUUGUGAUCCAUUGUUUUGAUGAAAUUUUCGGAAAUAAUUCUUUGUUUAAGAUUGGUAACAGUUAAAUAAAUUCUUUGAUUUUCUUCACAACAACAGAGGUACCUUGGUAGAGAUUUUCUCUACCCAUUUUUCUCUCUUGCCACUGUAAUAGAAAUUUGUAUUGUUUCUAAACAUGGAACAAUGUUUUUGUUAUUUCUAAAUAAUGCGGCUAUAAAUUUUACAUUUUAUUUAUAAAGUGGUAGCUAGACAGACUAUAGUGAUCUACUAAAUUCAAACAAAAAAUUAUAGAAAUUGUAUUGACAAUUUUAGCCUGGUUUUACAUUUCUGUUUUAGGUUAUUAGUAUUUUAAUUAGAUUUAUUGUUUUGUUGCACUGCAGAUUUUAUUUAUUAUAUAUUAUGUAUAUAUUGCGUGAUAUUAACUCUUUAAUCCAAUUAAUCAUGACAGAUAUUAUUUAUAAAUUGACACUCAUUACUAAUGACUUAUUUGCUCCUUUAUUGAUAAAAGCAGCUAUAUUAUGCAUGCAUAUUUGUACACAUAUACUUACUGACCUCAUGUAUUUUUAUUUAUUUAUUUUUUACUUUUUGGAGUUGCAUAGAACUUUUUAUGACUUUUAAAGCUCUAUUCCUUCAUUAUUAUUAACCGGAUUUUUAGCUGAAGAUUCAGACAAUCAUUUUGUUUCAUGGUCUUUCUAAUAAUUGAGUAAAUGUAGUUCAUGUCUAUUGCUUAUAAGUAAAACAGGUUCUCAAGUAAGAAUAUUUUCAUUCAUUUAUUGAUAUUUAAAUCCCGAAAUUAAAAUUAUUUGAAAUAGGCUUGUAGUAGAUUAUCUAUAAAUUAUUCUCAAGCUGAAAAAAUAAAGUUAUGAUUAGAUUUCGGUAAAAUUCUUGCUUGAUGUGACUUGAUAUUAUUUUAAAAAUAAUUAUAAAGUAAUUAACUUGCAAUACAAAGUUUUUCACUUCAUCUAAAGUCUAUCCAUGUAUUUAGAGCUGUUGUGUGUUGGUGAAAUAUUUUUGGUAAUAUUUAUAUAAAUGUCAAUUUUUUGUGCUGAUUUCUAUAAAAAUAAAAUAAAUAAACAAUAAAUAGAAUAAUGGCCUAUUUAUAAUUUUUUUAAAUCAUAAUGUCUUACAAUUUUAAUUUUUUUAAAUGUACAAAAUUUAGACUGAUAGGAUUAACUUACACUGCUCUAAUUUCAAUAUGUAAUGAAUAUUACUUCAUAUUGUUGGAGUUGAACAUUAAUAAUAGAUUAACUAUAAUAUAUAAAAUGUAUAACAUUGGAUAACACAUGAAUAAAUGUUAAGUGUUUUAAAAAGGAAGCUGACAUUAUUUGGUGUAAUUAUUUCGUACAUGAAAACAGAUUUCUAUUAGUUUUCUUUGAAAUAAGACUGCUUCUGAAAUAUGUGACAGCACUUCAGACUGAAAUGCAUGUUUGUUGUUUCAAAAGUUUGCUGGAGUAAAAUUUAUAAGCUGAUUCUGACUAUAUCUUACAUGGAGAUUCCAAAUCAAUUGUUAAAACAGUGUUUAUCAACUUUUGGACGUAAAGUCAGACUAAUUUAUGAAACUUUUUACUUUCACAAAUACAUAAGCGUUUUUGUGUUUGUUGUUCAGAAUUUUUAAAAGUCAACUUUACUAUACUGAGGUAGAAAAACUUUGUUUUUCUCUCUGCUCUAUGUUUGAAGAUACAAUGCUGCUAAAUUAUGAAAUAUUUGUUUUUUAAACUUCAAUUGCUUGAAAUUUUUAAACUGAUUUUGACUUUUAUUUGUCAUGUUCCUUUCAGUUAAAAUGAAAUUUUCCUUUUCGUCUUUAGAAAUUCUGCCUUUUGGGAUAUAUUUUCUUGCUCAAAAGCUUAGAUAAAUUACCAAAAUUAGGUUUGUUCAAGAAAUCUUUUUUCAGAUUUGGAACCUUUACCCAAAAUGUAGCAAAAUAUAACACCAAAUCAUCAAUAACUACAAAAAUUGUUAUGGUUGAUAUAGGUUUAUAGGUAUAGUUGUACUGAAUAUCCAACUAAAGAAAAAGUUAAUAAAAAAACUCAAUCCGUUUUGAAAA